AUGACAUGGAUGAGCUCAUCUACUUACAACCAAACAUUGCCUGUUGCAGACUUCCGGAGAAGAAAUUUUUUUGACGUUUUUGCAUUGUAUACCGGAACACUUAAGAUGGUUCGAAGAAGAGGUGCAGAUGGCCGGAUUCCAGUCCGCACGUUAGACCGGGGUGCAUCUUCAUCUGCAGCUGCAGCUGAGCCGACUGGAUAUCCAGGAGGGCCGUACGAUACAUCUCUUUUGGUGAAGUACGAGCAUCAUGUUGCUCGACAUAUAUGGUUCGGUGAGGAAAGAGGACCAAAGAAAGAGUUGAAGGUUGCCGGACAUGGACUGAAGUUGAAUUCUAGGGUUCCAUUGGCUCUUCCACCACAGAUGGAGAGUUGGGUAUCUAGAUCCGGUUUAGCUUCACUGCAGAGAACGAGUCUGAACAAGAUAGACACAAAUCUUGUCUCUGCAUUUAUGGAAAGAUGGCAUCUAGAGACAUCUUCAUUUCACAUGCCGUUUGAUGAAAUGAGCAUUACUUUAGAUGAUGUCGCAUGUCUACUUCACUUGCCCAUUAGGGGUAUCUUUUGGAGUCCUCAGGAUGUGACUGAAGAGUUAGCUGUUGAACUUGCUGUUGACUACCUAGGAGUGUCACAGAGUCAGGCACAGUCACAUGUUCGGAGCUGCAGGGGGUCGUAUUACAAGUUGGAGUGGUUAUAUGAUAUAUUCGUACAUCAUAGGGCUGCUUCCAACUGGGCAUAUGCGACUAGAGCAUAUCUAUUGAUGUUGGUGGGUUCCACCAUAUUUGCUGAUAAGACCUUUACACUUGUAGAGGCACGAUACCUCCUCCUGUUUAGGGACUUGGAUGGAUGUUCAGGAUAUAGUUGGGGAGCAGCUGCACUAGUUACCCUCUACCGAUAUCUUGGAGAUGCAUCCAUGUACAGUUGCAAACAGCUAGGUGGAUAUCCUACUCUCCUACAGUGUUGGAUUCACGAGUAUUUUCCAACUGUUGGAAAAAGAGGGGAGAAUUGGAAUCCUGCUGGAAACUGUGGUCUUCCCCGAGCGAUGAGAUGGUCGUAUAGACAGGGAGUCCUGAAGGUCGAUGAUUUACGACCUAUUUUGGACGAGCUGACACCUACCGACGUCAUCUGGCGACCAUUUGAGGAUCAUAGAGCAUGGCGUGGGUACAAGUGUCAUAGAAAUGAUAGGUGUCCUGGCGGGACUAUACAUUGUAUAUUAGUGGAACUAGGCAUGCUUGAUGGUUGUGAGAAUUCUCUUAAUUCUGAUAAUGAUAGUUAUUGUGGUAGUGAUAGUGACUCCUCUUUUCCUUAUGUUUUAUCAGGAAACAUGAAGAUUAUGGCCACCUUCGACACUGAGCCCAAUGAUGUUAGGGAAGUUAGGUCCAUCUACACAAUUGAGGACCAAGUGACCUCCCUUCAGUGA